CUCAUGUUCCAGCUAGUCAGCAAGUGUUCUAAGUACAUGUUUAAUCAUUUAGUUGGCCCAAUAUGUCUUUGAGUUGGAUGAUAUUAUUAUCACUCCCAUUUUACAGAUGAGAAAAGUCUGACGAGGUGAGUAACUUGCCCAGAGUCCCAAACACAAAGAGCAGAGUGGAGAUUCCAACCCAGAGUGGAGAGAUUCCAACCCAGUCAGGAUUAAGAACCUGUGCUUGUUACCACUUUAUCCACCUAAUCGAGGUGGCUCGGUGGGUAAAGAUGUCUGCUGUGAAGGCUGACAACCCAUGUCCCAUCCACAGGACCCCUGUGCUGGAAGGACAGAAUAAACUCUCUCAAGUUACGUAACUGAAAAAAAUGCCUUCAGGGGCCAAGUAGGUCACUGUGAGAAAGUAGAGGUGGCUGGGAGGAUACAGUGAGCUCAUGCCCCAUCCACAAGGAGCAGCCUUCACAGUCCCAGCUGACCCUUGUCAUGACGGAAUGAGGAUCUAAAUCGUUCUGUUUUUCCCAGAGAAGCCUGAAAUCCAGGGUUUUAUGGGAAAUCUUCUGACUUUUAAGUGUUGGCAACUAAUUAAAAAAUGUUAAAAAAAAAAAAACCUUGUAUGGGUCAAAUAAAAUCUGUCUUCAGUCUGGACCUAGCCUGUGGCUGCCAGUCCGCAAGCUCUGCAAUGAGGAAAUAGAUUUGAAAGUGCUUUGGAAACUGAAAAAUGCGUCUAGAAACAGAUCUUUUUAGGGUUAAGUUUUCCCCCUCAACUGUGGUCUAAUUUUUUUUCUAGUUUUUUUUUUUUUAACUGCUGUUUCUGGCCUGGUGGAGAUGAAAAGUUGGAAUUAAAAAGAGACUUCAGUUAACUUGAAUGCUUCAUUCCUUUGGCAGGCUGGAUAAAUGAGCAGCCUAGGUGUGCUGGACCGGCUAAGCCUCAGAAUUCCUGCCACACCCACAGGCCCCUUCUGAGGAGUUUCUAUCCACAGACCCUAGCUGAGGGAAGUAGCAGUUUCUUAUGAAUAGGUGGCUAUGUUUGGUACCACGUGAUUCUGUUCUCCCCCUCCCCCCAGCCAAGAGCUGAUUGAGCAGGGAAUGGGCACCUGAUCCAUGAGCAGUCAUUCUAUAGGCUGGCAAGCCACCUAUGAUGGAACCAGGGAUGACAACUUUGCCCACCAAGUACAGUGGUAACUAAAAUUGGACCAAUGAGACUCUCUCUCUCGGGGAGUUUGAAUACCAGACCUCGAAAGAGUGAGCAGUUUGGCAACAGAGGCAGAAGCUGAGCCGAGAGAGAAGGCAGGCGGCAGAGUCUCUGAAGAAAAAGAAGGAAGGAGGUCACUGAGCUUCAGUUCAUGUGCCAGACACUCUAUACAUGUUGUUUUCUUUAAAGCUCUUAAAGAGGUAUGAGAUAGGUCUGGGAUGAGUCUGAAUAAUUAAGAAGUGGCUAGAAGUACUGGGGUUCCAGCUCAGGCUUGUAUGAUCAGAGAACAUGUCCUAUCUGGGCAUGGUGGCUCACACUUGUAAUCCCAUCAUGCAGGAUACGGAGGCAGGAGGAUCAUCAUGAGUUUGAGGCCAGCCUGGGCUACAUAACAAGACUUAGUGUUAAAAAACAAAACAAAACAAAACAAUACGCACUUCCACCCCCAAUCAGAGAGAUGGUUCUUAAGCUCAAGGGAUUUGGGGAUCAUCUGUUAAACUGCAUAUUUCUUGGCCUCACCUCUUAUUUCCUGUGUCUGAUUCUUUAAAACGGAGCCCCCUGCCAACUGAAUGUGCAUUUUUUUCUAGUCCUCCUGUGGGGAAACUGAUGCAAGGCUCCCCACCAUACCUUUAUUUUGAGAAAUGCAGUUUUAGAGGAUAUAGCAAGCAGUGUAUUCUGUGUUGUGGUUACCUUCAGAAACAAGGUCAGCGUCAAUAGACAUCGUCAAAAUGCAAUUUAAAAGCAUUUAGAAAGGAGGUGGAUUCUUCAAAUAGGAGGAUACCAGUCUCCCCCCUUUGCUCAUCAAGGGACUGUACCAUGCUACUGGUCGCUAGAAAGCUGAGGACAGGAAUGGAAUGGUUGCUCAGUUGCUGUGUAGAGUAAGGUAUCUGUUAUUCAGGGUGCAGUGCUCGCAAUGAGCAUAUGGUCUGUAAGGAUUUUACGUGAGAAGCACAAACUGCUGGAGCCUAGUGAACUGGCAGCAAAGACCAUGAGAGAAAAUGACCAAAUGCAGACAGACAUAUUGUAAACCACGGGACUUCAAAUGUAAACCUUUCUGCUAUGCUUCUCAGCUCUAGAAAAGUUAUGUAAGAAUCCCAUCAGUGCCUUUAUUUACAGCAUAUGUAAAAAUGUGGAACCGGAGAGGACCCCAGCAAGAGAAUCCCUUCUAGAACUAGCCCCCAGCUCUGGAAACUGGUAUUUCGCCUGUUUUUUCUUCUGCUUUUAGAAAGUCGGCCCUGAGAAGACAAGUAAUAGUCUGAAGGUUGCUUGGAGAUCAUCAGGUCAGAAACUAAUUUGUGGUAGAAAUGCUUAAUGGCAUCAGGCACUUAUUCUUACAAGGGAGCUGUAUGGUCCAAGGGGUAGCACAGGUCAAAUGUCUUGGCCAAGUCCCGCCUCAGCAGGGCUUUCCUUCCCACUUGGCAACUUUUCUUUUUGUGGCUUGUUCCUGUGUACACUUUAUCUAUGCUUAUGUCCUUACUUAGGCUAAGGUCAAACUCUUCUCCUCUCUCCUGGCCAGAAAGACUUCCUGUCUUACAGGUAUCGGAUCUUAUAUACGUUGAUGUUUUAACUCGGAGUGACUCCCUAAAGCAGGUCCUUGGACAAGUUCCCAUCCUCCAGGAAUACUGCAGCAGUGUGUCCUGCCCCCACCCCCCCCCCCCCACCCCCGCAAGGAGAAAGCCUGAGGACUAUGUAAUAAAUGAUUUGUAAAAAGGAGACAAAUGUAUUGUGUUAAGGACUGUCUUUUAUUCUGAGAUUAUUUCCUUUUCUUGUGGUGUCUUAAAGAAAGUCCUUUCUCUUUAGGAAAUGAUAAUUUGGGAUUGUUUUGUUUCUUAAUGCCUUUCCUUGGAAAAAGAAAAAUCUAGUAACCCAAUGUCAGUCUCCCACUUUUGGGGCUUUGCAAUUGCCAUAAAUAGUCUGGGAGCCUGGUCUCAUUUGUACAGUCCUGGGAGUACCUCUAGGUACCUCCUGAUGCCACUUACAUCGUAAGUGCUUAUAAAUUACCUGCUUCAUAAUCUGCAGCAGAAUCUCUCCAAGGAUUGACACGAAGCUUCCAGCUCUGGAGUUUACAGUACACUGUUAUGUAGUUUCCUUAUUUAAGAAAAUUGGGACACUGCCCAUUUGCAGUCCUCUUGUAUCCCCCCCGGUUCCAUCUGAUUCCACAGAUCCUUCAGGACGGCACCUAAUAUAAGGCAGCUCCGUUUGCUCUUCUAACGUUCUUUUCCCUAUAGAGUUGGACAUGCAUAUACAUGUUGUUUGGGGGAAUUUGCAGCACAUCCAAUGAAAGCGUGAUUCCCAACUAACAGUCAAAUCCUUUUCUUUGGAGCUACCCAGAACACACCUACCCUCUCUUCCAUAUGACAGCCCUUCAGAGACUCGAAGACAGUGUGUGACUCUCCUGUGAGCUAAGAGCACUGGCUGAGUCAGACGGACCCGAGUGACAAGCUCAGCUUCACUCCCUCUCAGCUGUAAGAGCCAAGAUUUCCCUGAUUUGUGGACUUCACCAGGGCUCCGAUGUCAACAUAUUAGAGUCUCUGUCCACCCUGUCCUGUAGCCAUGGCAGAUAUGUCAAUACCAUUACAUUCAUUACGAUUCAACAAUAUGAUGAGGGAGGAAAGUGGUGACCCCCAAAACAGGGGAGCAGCUUUCUCUAGACCAAUGGCAGAGACCAGAGCAGAGGUUCAGCUCCUGCAUUCUCAAUUGCAGUUGCCUAUCGUCUCAACUUCAGCCUCCGAUCCUGGAGGGACAUCUACACAGCUGAUGACAUCCCCAGCCUUUGACAGUCUGUCCACCACACCUGUCAUGGGAGCAUCACACUCUGGGACACUGUCCCCACAGCUGAUGUCAGCCUCAGACUCCGGGACACUGUCUCCACUGCUAAUGACAGCCUCAGAUUCGGGAACACUGUCCCCACUUCUAAUGCCAGUCUCAGACUCUGGGGCACUGUCCCCACUGCUAAUGCCGGCCUCAGAUUCUGGGACACUGUCCCCAUUGUUGUCUACUUCAGACUAUGGGUUAAUGUCUCCAGGGAUGAUGUCAAUUCCUGACUUUGGGACAAUGUCUGCGGCACUAAUGGCAGCACCAGAUUCUGCAGAGAUCUCACCACUGGCGAUGCCAGUUCCGUCGUCUGGAAUGAUAUCCGCGCCUGUAAUGAGUACUUCAUCCUCUGAGGCAUCAUUAAUGCUAGGAUCAGAUCCUGGUGAGAUAUCCCCACUCCUGAUUCCAGACAUGAACCCUGGAGUGGCAUCCACACCACCAAUGACAGCUCCAGGCUCUGAAGCAAUGUCCCCAUUGCAAAUUACAGAUGAGGACACCGAAGCAAUGUCCAAAGUGCUAAUGACUGCUCUAGCUUCUGGAGAGAUAUCAUCACUGCUAAUGUCAGGCACAGACUCUGAAGUGAUAUCCUCUCUGAUAAUGUCAGCCCUAGCUUCUGGAGAGACAUCAACUCAGCCAACAGACCCUCAAGACUCCGAAGGAAUUCCCACUGUGCUCAUGUCAGGCUCAGAUUCUGGAGUCAUGUCUUCACUGCCUAUGCCAGUUUCUGGCCCUGGAGCAAUGUCCACACCACUGCUGUCAAUCCCAGAUACUGGUGAAAUAGCCACAUUACCAAAGGCGGCCCCAGAUGCCGAGGCAAUGUCCCCACUGCUAAUGCCUGCCCUCACCUCCACAGUGAUGCCCACUCAACUGAUGUCAGCAUCUGCUUCUGGAGUGAUGUCCCCAGAUAUAACACAAAAUAUCAACUCUGAGAUCAUGUCUGCUCCACCAAUAGGAGUCCCAGCCACUGAAUUGAUGUCCACAUUUCCCGCGAGAGCUUCUGAUACAGGGGCAAUGCCCAUCCAGCUAAUGAGAGUCCCUGCCUCAGGAAAUAUGUCCAUAUCACAAAAGACAGUUCCAGGCUCUGGAUUAAUGUCCACUCCACUGAUGGCUGCCACAAGCCCUGGAGCAAUGUUCACAGAACAAAUGCCAACCACAGCCUCUGGUAUGAUGUCUACACAUUUUACAAUGGCCAAAACACCUGGAGCAAUGCCCACAGGCUUUAUGAAGACCACAACAAAUGGAGCAGUUUCUGCACAGCGAAUAAGAGGUUCAGCUUCUGGUGUGAUGUCUACCCAGCCAGUUAUAGCUACAGCCUCUGAAAUAAUGUCUGUGUCACAAUCAACAGUUCCAACCUGUGGGUCAAUGUCCACACAGAAAAUUCGAGCUCCUGUCACUGGACCAAUGUCCACAUCGCAAAUAAGAACCACAGCCUCAGGACUGACAUCUAUACCACAAAUGAGAGCCACAGCCUCUGGAGCAAUGUCUACCCCACUAAUGACAGCCAAAACCUCUGGAUCAACAUCCACGCUGUUAAUGAGAGACACAGCCUCAGGAGUGAUAUCCACGUCACAGAUGAGAGCUCCAGGCUCUGGAGCAUUGUCCAAGCCACUAAUGACAUCCAAAGCUUCUGGAAUGUUCAUGCAGCAAAUGACAACUGCAGCUUCUGGAGCAAUGCCCACAUCACUAAUGAAAGACACAGCUUCUGGAGCUCUGUCCAUGCCACAGAUGACAGAUCCAGCCUCAGGAGGCAUGUCCACACCACUAACAAGAGCCACAGUUUCCGGAGCAAUGUCUAUAUCACAGAUAACAACCACCACCUCUGGAGGCAUGUCCAUGUCUCUAACAAGAGUCCCAGGUCUUGGAGCAACAUCCAUAUCACUAACGAGAGCCACAGCCUCUGAGAAGAUGCCUAGUCAGCCGAUAAACAUUCAAGACUCUGGAGAGGUGUCCACACCACUCAUGCGACCCAUUGCUUUGGGAGGGAUGCAGAUGAGAUCCCAGGACUCUGGAACAAUGUCUACACCCCUCAUGAGAGCCUCAGACUCAUCAGAGAUGUCUACACUGCUCUCAAAAGCCUCAUCCUGUGGAGAGAGCCCUCUGCUACUAAUGAGACCUCCAGCUUCUGGAGAGUUAGCUCCAUCUCCAAGAGUCCCGCUUUAUGCUCCACACAUGACAGCUACAGCCUCAAGCAUGAUGUCCAUGACACCUAUGAAGGUUUCAGUCCCUGUAUCAGAGUCCACACCACUCCCGAGACCCACAGAUUCUGGAGUGAUGUCUGUGCCCCUGAUGAGAACCCCAGCUUCUAGAGCAAAGUCCAUACCUCAAAUGAUGGCCACAGCUUGUGGAGACAUGUGCCCACUCCCAGUUCGAGCUCCAGCCACUGCAGGGAUAUCUCCACUACCAGUCAGAGCACCAGCCUCUUCGACCAUAUCUACAACACUUAGGAGACCCUCUGUUGGAGCUGUGGCCACAGAGUUAGAGAGAGCUCCAGGUCCUGGAAUUAUGUCCACUACACAAUUGGCAGCUAUGACAUCUGGAGAGAUGUCCAAGCCACUAAUGAGGGCUUCAGCCUCUGGACCCAUGCCCAUGCCUUUGAUGUCACCCAUGACUUCUGGAGAGAUGUCUAUGCCACAAAUGAAAACCAUGCCUUCUGGGACAAUGUCAACUCUACAAACCAAAGCUGUGAGCUCUAGAGCUACAUCCCUGCCACAGCCAACAAAUAUAGCUUCUGGGGGAAUGGCUAACCCCCCACUGAGAACCCCAGCCUCUGGAGCAGUAUCUACAUCUCUUAUGAGAGCCUCAGCUUCAGGAAUGAUGUCCAUGCCACCACUGAGGGCCACAGCCUCAGGAGGGAUAACAAUGCCACAAAUGACAGCUCUGACCUCUGGAGAGAUGUCUACACCACUAAUGCGGACCCCAGCACCUGGAACAACGGCCACACCGCAAACAGCCUUUGGAAUGACACCCACUCUGAAUAUCAAAGCCACAGACCCGGGAGAGGCAUCAACCUCUCACUUCAGAGUUACAGCCCCUGGAUCAAAGAGCACACCACACAUGACUGGCACCAAUCCUGAAAUGAAGAAGCCACCACCAAAAGAAGUGCCGUCCUUUGGUAUGCUGACCCCAGCACUCUGUUACCUCUUAGAAGAACAAGAAGCAGCCCGGGGCUCAUCCUCUGUGGAGGAAGAUGCAGAGGAGAUUGAUGAGGAGAAGCAAAUGAAGGGCUUUCUGAAUGAUUCUGAGAAAAUGGCAUUUCUGGUGUCUCUUCAUCUGGGGGCAGCAGAGAGGUGGUCAAUCUUGCAGAUGGAGGUAGGAAACCCCCUCUCCAGUGAAGAUAAAUCUUUCUUGAGAAGAUCACAGGGCUUAUAUGACUCCCUGUCUGAGAUAGACAUCCUAAGUGCUGUUCUUUGCCAUCCCAAGCAGGGCCAGAAGUCAGUCAGGCAGUAUGCCACUGACUUCCUACUGCUGGCCCGACAUUUGUCUUGGUCUGAUGCCAUUCUACGGACAAGGUUUCUGGAAGGACUCUCGGAAGCUGUUACCACCAAAAUGGGUCGUAUCUUCCUGAAGGUGGCCGGCAGCCUAAAAGAGCUGAUAGAUAGGUCUCUGUACACUGAGUGCCAGCUGGCUGAAGAGAAGGAUUCCUCAGGCAACUCAAGCCAAGUUGUGCCAACAGCUUGUAAGCGGAACAAUGAAGAGGCCAUGGAGAACGAACUGGGCUCUCAGCAGCAGACUGAGGAGCACCAACAUGUUCCCAAACGCUGUUACUACUUGAAAGAACAUGGAGACCCCCAAGAGAGUCUUCAUGACCACCUUCGACAGAGCGCACAGAAGGCCUCCACCAACAAGUAGUACUCAAAUCUUACAUGAUUUCUGACUUGGCUGCUAACUUGAGGACUGGUCCCUGGACCCAUUCCAUUGAACUAUAUCAUAAACCUUGUUGCCUUCACCUUCCAGCCUUCCCCUCCAGGCGCAUCCCACUUUAUCUCCUUUUGGAUUGCCUUGACCUUCUCUUUCACCUACAUGCCUGUGACCUGCCCUGACAAUCAGUGUGGACUAUAAGAGUGUAUGGUGUAUGAGGUUCUGAACUCCCAUCAGCAUCAGCAUCAUCAAGGCCAGUUCUAAUUCUUGGUCCAGGGAGAAGUCUAGGCAGGAGAAAUCAUGUCCUACCUCAAAACACCUUAGAGUGUCUUGCCAUGUGUCAUCAGGCAAACUUGAGGAAACCCUUGUCCCAUUCCAUCUGGCAGGGGAGCCUAUAAAGAGAGAGAUACCCACUCCUAUACCACCCUUUCAAACCAGUAGACUCACCCUUCUAUGCCCCAACUCAUUGUAUCUAGAUGGGUCUCAAGGGCCCUUGCCCUGUUUAUAGUCUCGAUCCUGAACCAUUUGUUUUGACCCAUAAUAUUAAUAGUAGUGAUAGUAAUGGCUAACAAUUGUUGGUAAUGUGCCACGUGACAGGUACUGGGCUAAACCCUUGACAAGUGCCAUCUCACCACAGUGUUAUAGUACCUAGCUUGUUCUUGUGCUGUUAGCUUCUGAUCUCUUGCUUACGGCCCUUGUCCUUCAGUGUGGAAUCUCUAGCUGUGACCUCUGGGUGAUCCCCUCACUUGUUAAUUGCCCUUGCUCCCCUUGGCUGUUGUGCUUCAUGGCCAGCGCUCUUCUUAAGGGGCGUGGUGUCUAAACAGGUGUAGGUACUUAGAACAUAACAUGAACAGUGUUUGCCUUCAGGUGGUGGGUUAUAGGUGUUUUCUUUUUUAAUUUUCUUCUUUUUACUGUUCUCUGUAAUUUCCAGAUUCACUACAGUAAGCAUGAAUUACAUUUGUAAUCAUAAAAAUAAAGGCCAUUUGU